AUGAAAGGCCAUUCUAUCUACGAGUCUAUCGGAGAGCCAGUCGCUAUGCCUGAACUGAACCUCGUACAAGACUUUCUUUCCGGCCUUACGCUUCCCAGUCUCAGGAAAAGAAUAGCUCUUUCGGUCAAAGUCGAUAAGGAUAAAAGUCCAAUAGCUAGGGUGGGAUUGUCCUCUGUUCUCAACUCGGGAAGGAAAUCAAUAAGCAUGGAUUCACCUAUUCCAGAAAAAAAGAAAUAUGCUUUAGGUUUAGCUUUCGAAAAAGACAAGGCCUUACAACAGCUCAUUCCCGGAAGAAAAAGAAGAGGAUUCUAA